AAUCGACUGUGGCAUACCCCACCUGUUAAUCGUUUAGUGAAUAUGCCCCCUGCCAUCGAGGCGGAAGUAAUACCGUCGCCGUUCCCGACGCGGGGUCGACAACAUAUCAAAGCCGCCUGUGAUGAGUGCCGACGGCGCAAGCUGCGGUGCGAUGGGCAGCAACCACUAUGCGGGGGCUGUCAAGACUCGGGGUCGAUAUGUGAAGUCACUCAGCGCGGUACCCGGGGGCCGAAGAAGGGCUACAUUAAAGCGCUGAAGAACCGAGUAGUGCAUCUGGAAGCUAUGCUGGAGAGUCAUAACGACGCUCAACAGCAACAACAGAGUCAGCAGCGCAGCACGGAAUCUAGCAGCGACGUCCAUGCUAUGCCAAUAGUACCGCCGGUGGAGAUUCCCGACACAACAGUGGUUGACCAUGCUCAGCUAUGGCUUCCAACAACACCGGCGCCUGAGGCGCUUCUUCCGACUGGCUGUGUGGCCGACUUGGGUUCUUUGUCUGACUGGUCCUUAAGUUCCACGUUAUCCUCGACUCCUGAUGCCCUUGUACACAUCACAGAUAUCAUGCGAGAUGAAUUAGACCAGCUCUACUUUGAUCGCGUACACCCGUCGAUCCCCAUUAUCCACCAGCGGCGGUAUGCAUUGUGGUCCAAAACCAGCCCGAAGUUGCCGUCGCGCACAUGUCUCCAGUAUGCAAUGUGGACGCUGGCCACUUUGUUCUCGGCACAGUUUCGGGACAUGACGGAGCCGCUCUACCACAAAGCGAAGCACCUGAUGGAAUCUCCCGGUACCAGCGACGCUAACACUGAGCUGGUGCAGGCAUGGGUGCUUAUUGCGACAUGCGAGUCGAUGCGUACUCGCCACCGACAGGCCUGGAUGAGUGCUGGCCAGGCAUUUCGCUUGGUACAGGGAAUGCGUUUCCAUGAGAUCGACCGCCCCAAAAACAGCCCAAGGACUAUCUCGCCUCCAGAAAGUGAAGAUUCUAUUGGAACUGAGGAGAAGCGUCGCGUGUUUUGGAUGGCCUACUUGCUUGACCAUCUUUUCAGCAUGCGUAACAACUGGCCCCUAACGUUGCACGAGCACGUGGUUUGCACUCGCUUGCCAGCCCCGGACGUGGACUUCCAGAGUGGUCAGCAAGUGCUGGGGGCCUUUCUAUCUGAAGCCAUGACAGAGCCCACCCCAAAGGUGCGAUCUCCGUUCAACGAAUGCCUCAUACUCGCCACAAUUUGCGGACGCAGCCUGUUGCGGGGUCAGCAGUACAACAUAUCCAAGGCCUACGGAGAAAUCCCGUUGGACUGGACGGAGCAGCGUUGGUGGCUAGACGGCAUUCUCACCACCAGGCUCCAGGUCCUGUCGCAGUGCUAUCCGUCCCCUAAUGAAGUGUCUGAUCCGCUGCUUUUAUUUGCCAACAUUCUAGCGCAGGCCACCGUCAUCUACUACUGUAAGGGUAUAAUGUCGUUGUUUCCCACUCCUGUUGAUCACUCAGACGCCAGCCCCGAAGUCAUGGAGUGUGUCAAUCGGGCCUUGACUGCUGCCGCAGAUAUCGUCCGUCUGGCCAAAAUGUUGCUCGAGUUCCACUUUUCCAAGAUCCAUCCACUUAUGCCCAUCCCGUUGUUCCUCAGUGCCGAGUUUCUCUACGACAAUAUGUCAGGUUACGAAUCCUUUCGCUUGUGUCUACAGAAUCUCAUUGAUAUUUUUGGUCGGCUGAAAAACGUCAAUAAUCACGAGCAGAGUUACGUAGAUCUGUUACCGCAAUCAUGUGUUUCCAAGACUACGAAGUUGCUCGACUAUAGCUCCAAGGGCCGUGAUAGCAGCCAGUGAUUGGCGGAUCGGGUUUCAGGAGUUGGGUCAGGGAAUGUUAAAGAUGCUGUCAACUGUCACUUCAUCUAAAAGAGAGAGGUUAUCUACAUGUAGCGUAUAAUGCAUCUGCUGGGUUCGAUUAGCUAAGGAGAGUGGGGUGUUGCUCCCCAGCCAGAUCGUG